AUGAAUAGCUCAAGUUUUGCAUUUGGUGCUGUCCAGGAUAGGGCAUUAACUGCUAAUACUGCAAAAACCUUUGUAUUGCCGGAUAAAUGCUUCAAAAAAUAUGUUGGAUGUGCAUGGGGACGCGGCAACAAAUUUACGAUAUAUCCAUAUAGCCACACAGAGAGUAAAACACCGAAUGCCGCGGAAAACUCUGAGAAUAAACUGUUGAGUAUCCGUCAAGAUGUUUUACUUUUCCGACCGAUUCUUAGAAGACUUGUUAAUGAAUCCAAUGGCACAUAUCUCUCGCUACAAAAAGCGGCUGAAACUGCAAAAAAUUCAGAUAACCAAGUUGAAUUUUUAAAACUAUCUCGACAAUUUCGGUCAAUCAUCCGAGUGUGCAUAGAGAGCCUCCAAAAGGCCUCUGAACAGGAGUUAAACAGUGAUGAUAGGAACACAUCAUCAUCCUACAUUACAAUAUUUUUUUCUAUAGAAUGCAUUUGGCACUUGUGUGAGAUCUUAUUUGUAGAUAGUAUUCCUGGAGAUGUUGUCGUGCCUUAUCUAUUAGAAUGGGUAAGAUUUAAUUUCCCGUGUCAUGAACAGACAGCUGGAAAGUUAUUGGAAGCAUGUGAACGGGGAGCAGAAGAUGAUAAGGAUUAUUGGGACACGGUAAUUGGGAUGAUAGUCCAAGGAAGAGUGGAUGUAGCUCGAGCGUUAUUAAAACUACAUUCUCAGGGUGAAAGUAAUGACUUCAAGCUGGUGGAUAAUUCAUUGAGGAGUAUGCCUGUUUAUAAUGUUUAUGGUGGUAUUUCUACAGGAGAAUUCCAGAUAUUAUGGAAGCACUGGCAGGCAGAGUGCAGGUCUAAGCUCAGUAGUGGGGUACUAUCGUCACAGCCCAAACUUGAGCUUAUUAUCAGACUAAUUACCGGCGAGUAUAAGGCUUUUGAGUCUAUCCGGGGGCGUUACUCCUCUUGGUUCGACUUGCUCGGUGGCUGGGUGAUGUUCACCGCGCCGUGGUCUCGCCGGCACGAGUUGGGCGCGGCUGCUAGCGCCUGCGCAGGCAUGGCCCCCGGAAGAACUAAGCUGGAUGAUAUGGUGCGAGCGCUGUUGGAAGGUGAUCUGCAUCAGUUAAUUCAUGAAAUACAACAAAUAUCAGACAAUGGUUGGUUUGCAACCCAUCUGACGGACAUGCUGUUUCAUUGUGGUAAACUGAAGAUAUUGGAUGACCAUCACAACAAUGUUACUGCAAAGGUUCGCGAGAGUCUGAUCUUGGAGUAUGGAUCUCUGUUAAUGGAACACAAGUCACUCUGGUCCGUGGGACUCUCGUACUUGGCGACCGUCCCGCCAGAGGGGUUAAGGAGGGCGGAAUUAAUCUUAGAGAGGAUACCGAUCGAUACUGAAGCUAAAGCCAUGAGGAUUGUCGCUGAGGCAAAAAAAUACGGCAUCGCUGGUAUCGCCCCGUCGCUGUCCCGGUGCGCGUGCGCGCGACACCUGCAGGCGCGGCGGCUGGGCGCGGCGCUGUGCUGGGCGGUGCGCGCGCGCUGCCCCGGCGCGGCCCAGCGCGCGGCGCACGCGGCGCUGCGCCACUACACGCAGGCCGCCUCCCUCGCCGCCCGCGACCUGCUGCUCACCGCCGGACCCGCCGUGCUGCUGUCCGACGCGCUGCUAUUUUUGGGUAAAUACUGCGAUUUCCAUCGGCUGUACAACUCGAGAGAAUUCAAGAAAGCUGGUGAUCUAUUGGUGUCCUUGAUUACAUCCAAAAUCGCACCAGAUUAUUUUUGGAAGACACUGCUUCUAGACACCCUGGCGCUCCUUGAACGUGACGAGCCAGUAUUCACAUCAAAAGACACUUACGAAAUUAUGCUAUGUCUGGAGUUGAAGCCUUCAAACCUGGAGGCUGAAAAAGCGGAUUUGCUCCGCCUGGCGCUGGCACGUAACCUCGCCCGCACCGCACUUGCUGAGGGCGAGGACCCUGGCGAACAAUGA